UGGAGUAAUUUCACAAGGGGAUAAAAAUAGUAACCUCUCGUCGUUUUCUGCGUUCCCUUUCAAUUUUAGAGCCCCUCACACACUCUCUCUUACGCCCGUCCCACUCUUUUUCAGGCCCAAUCCUCCUCUAUCCAUUCUUGACCUUCAGCUUCAUUAACCAACUUUUUGGUUCUCAUAUGUUGUCUAAAUUACUUGAUUUCUAGAACCCUUCCCCUAAAAGAGUAAAUAGAACAAGAUUUGGGAAUGGCAGAGCAAGAAUCGAUUAAGUUUGUUCGUUGUAGUAGCAUUAAUGGAAUUGGAAAUAGUGGAGCUGAAGACACCGUUUGGGAGCUCGUGAUCCCGUACGUGCAGGACCAUCGCGACCGAGACGCUGUAUCCCUUGUGUGCAAACGCUGGUACGAGAUCGAAGCCUCAAAUCGAAAGCAUGUGACAAUCGCGUUGUGUUACACGGCUACGCCGCAGCGGCUCUCUCGCCGGUUUACUUACCUUGAGUCGCUCAAGCUCAAGGGAAAGCCGCGAGCUGCUAUGUUCAACCUUAUCCCGGAAGACUGGGGUGGGUAUGUUGCUCCUUGGGUGGAAGAGGUCGGCAGGUCUUUUAGAAGAAUGAAGACGUUACACUUCCGUAGGAUGAUUGUGAAGGAUGCGGAUCUCGAGUUGCUUGCCAAAUCGCCGGCUGGGAAGCUUCUCGAAGUCUUGAAGCUCGAUAAGUGUUCAGGAUUUUCUACUGAUGGUCUCCUAAUUAUUGGCCGCUCGUGCAGGAAUUUAAAAACCUUGUUUAUGGAAGAGAGCACAAUAGUUGAGAAAGAUGGGGAAUGGCUGCAUGAGCUUGCUCUGAACAAUAAGGUUCUUGAAAAUGUUAACUUCUACAUGACGGAUCUUACCAAAGUGCAAUCUGCAGAUCUUGAGCUAAUGGCCAGAAAUUGUCCCUCUUUGACCUCAAUGAAGAUCAGCGACUGUGAUAUAUCAGAUCUGAUUGGUUUCUUUAAAGCUGCUAAUGCACUGGAAGAGUUUGGUGGGGGGUUUUUCAGUGAGCCACCUAGACAGAUUGUCGAGGGUGUCUGUAAUGAGCAAUUAGGGAGGAAUUCUGCUGAAUCAUUUCCCCCAAGAUUAGGCUGCUUGGGUCUUACUUAUUUGGGGAAGGAAGAGAUGCCUUUUGUCUUUCCAAUUGCUGCCCGACUCAAAAAAUUGGAUCUCCUUUACGCACUGCUUGACACAGAAGGCCAUUGUGUCCUACUGCAAAGAUGCCCCAACUUGGAAAUUCUUGAGACAAGGAAUGUUAUUGGAGAUAGAGGUUUGGAAGUUCUAGCACAGUCUUGUAAGAAAAUGAAGCGACUUAGGAUUGAGCGAGGAGCUGAUGAGCAAGAAAUGGAAGAUGUUGAAGGUAUUGUUUCCCAGAGAGGAUUAAUUGCUUUGGCUCAGGGAUGCCUUGAACUAGAAUAUUUGGCUGUAUACGUGUCUGACAUCACAAAUGCAUCUUUGGAAUGUUUUGGCACAUACUCAAAGAACAUGUGCGACUUUCGAUUGGUCUUGCUUGACCGUGAAGAAAUAAUAACAGAUUUGCCACUUGACAAUGGAGUUAGAUCCUUACUAAUUGGUUGUGAUAAGCUUAGGAGGUUUGCCCUGUAUCUCCGCCCCGGAGGGCUGACUGAUUUGGGUCUUAGUUAUAUUGGGAGGUACAGCCCAAAAGUACAAUGGAUGCUUCUGGGUUAUGUAGGGGAAUCUGAUGACGGUCUCCUGGAAUUCUCCAAAGGUUGUCCUAGCCUGCAAAAGUUAGAAAUGAGGGGAUGUUUCUUUAGCGAACGUGCACUGGCUAUGGCCACGGUGCAGCUAAAUUCCCUGAGGUAUUUGUGGGUGCAAGGAUAUAGGUCUGUGAAUCGUCUGGAUAUCUUAAAAAUGGUGCGACCAAACUGGAAUAUUGAGUUGAUUCCUGCUAGACAAGUUUGUGUUCAAGAUGCAAAUGUACAAGGAAUGGUUGAGCAUCCAGCACAUAUACUAGGAUAUUAUUCCCUCGUUGGGCAAAGGACAGAUUUUCCAACUACAGUUACGCCAUUGGACCCAAAUGCUCUUCUCAAUUGAUUCUUCUCAGAUUCCAUUCUGGAAGAAGGAAUUUUUCGUGCAAAUUCGCCCUGAAAUUGCCGAUCCAUGCAUAAUACAAUGAAAAGUGGAGAGUUGUGCAUACCCUUUUGAUCCCUGUUACUCGUAUUAGUUAGCUUUCGUGUUCAUAAACUUUGUAUUGGUCUCCUUUUUAUUUCUUUUAAUGAUGAGGUUUUUUCUACUUGAGUUAUUUUUAGUCUGGCUAUUUUAAUGUGUAAUAAGCGUGUACUUUUUAGUUUUGGAAAAUUGGGGGCCCUUGGUUCUCGGUCCUUGGGACUUCCAGUCGUGAGCAAGUACUUUUCAUGGCUAGAAUUUUGUUGACACGUUGAAUUGUAUAUAAUAGACUUGUAUUUCUUUCUUCAUGCAUUUAAUAACUACUCGUGUAUUAA